AUGGUCGGGAAUGGCACGGCGUCCUUUGCAGCACUGGCCUUGGUGCUCGGCGUUCGGGCCACCAUUCUGAGCGACGCAAUCGCAUCAGGAAAGCCUCCUUCACUGAAACGCUGUUUGGCAGCUGCAGCUUCUGACAUCAACUUGCAAGCCGUGCCAAGUAUUUGCCAGGAGGACAUUCAGCACUUUUACUGCCAAAGAGUGCGAGAUCUUGUUUCUAAAAGAUAUUUGGAAGAGGUCCAGCAUGCCUGCCGCGCGUGGGAAAAGGAGGACAGCAUUGCCCGGGCAACAGUGCUUUGCGCAGUACGCGCGCGCCUCCAAGCAAGCAGGUGA